GUUCACCCUUCCCCUACAAACAAAGCUGUGCUGACCACUUCAGUAAAGAUGCAAUUGAAAGAACUUACAGUAAAUGCUGGAGGAAACAUACAAGUGGUCCUGCCAAAGGAUGAAGUACAGCUUAAUGCCAUUGUGGCCCCUGAAGCACCAGCAGAUAUGCCUUACACCUAUGAAUGGAGUCUAACAAGUCAGCCUUUGGAUUACAUGGGGGAAAUAGAAAUGAAACACACAAGAACACCAACAUUAACAAAACUCUCAACAGGUGUUUACUUACUGAAGGUUGCUGUAUCAAGUGGAAAUACAUUUGGAGAAGGAUUUGUUAAUGUUACUGUCAAAUCAGAACCCAGAAUCAAUCAGCUUCCUGUGGCAGUUGUGUCCCCGAAGGAACAAGAGGUGUCACUGCCCACAUCAUUUACCUUCAUUGAUGGAAGUCAAAGUACAGAUGAUGAUAAAAUUGUCACUUAUCACUGGGAAGAGAUUAAAGGUCCCUUAAGAGAACAGAAGGCGUCUGGCAAUUCUCCAGUUCUGCACUUGUCAGAUCUUGUGACAGGGAAUUACACAUUCAGGUUAACUGUGACUGACUCAGAUGGUGCAGCAAAUUCUACUUCUGCUUAUGUUACAGUCAACAAACCUGUGGAUUAUCCACCUGUUGCCAAUGCUGGGCCAAACCAAGUAAUAACGCUACCCCAAAAUCACAUCACUUUGAAUGGAAAUGAGAGCAGCGAUGAUCACCAGAUUGUCAGCUAUGAGUGGUCACUAAGCCCCAGCAGUAAGGGCAAAGUGGUGGCAAUGCAGGGUGUGCGCUCCCCAUUUCUUCAAGCAUCUGCAAUGCAAGUUGGAGAUUACACUUUUCAGCUAACAGUGACAGAUUCUUCCAGGCAGCAGUCUACAGCCCUGGUCACUGUCAUUGUGCAGCCUGAAAGUGACAGCCCACCCAUUGCAGAGACGGGGCCUGAUAAAGAACUGACUUUUCCUGUGGAAUCUACAAUAUUAGAUGGAAGUAAAAGCAAAGAUGAUCAAGGCAUUGCUUCCUAUGAAUGGGAAAACAUCAGUGGCCCAAGCAAGGCAGCAAUCAAAGACAGUGAUAAAGCAGUGGCAGCGGUUUCUGGCCUGCAGGUUGGCACAUACCGCUUUCGUUUGACUGUAAAAGACAAUCAAGGGUUAAGCAGCUCAUCUACGUUGUCAGUGAUGGUUAAAGAAGAAAACAACAGCCCCCCAAAAGCCCAUGGUAGUGGGAUUCAUGUUCUUGUGCUCCCUAACAACUCCAUAUCGUUGGAUGGUUCAAAGUCUUCUGAUGACCAAGGAAUAGCUUCAUACAUCUGGACAAGAGAUGGGCAGAGUCCUGCAGCUGGGGAUGUGAUGCAUUCAUCUGACCACAAGCCAGUCCUUCAACUCACCAAUCUGGUAGAAGGAAUUUAUCUUUUUCAUCUGAAGGUCACAGAUACUAGAGGAGAAUCUGAUACAGACACAGCAACAGUGGAAGUGCGUCCUGAUCCACGAAAACAAAACCUGGUAGAACUGAUUUUACAGGUUGGAGUUGGCCAGUUGACUGAACAACAGAAAGACACUCUAGUGAGGCAACUGGCAGUGCUUCUGAAUGUCUUAGACUCGGAUAUCAAAGUACAAAAGAUACAAGCACAUUCUGAUUUAAGUACCAUCAUUUUAUUCUAUGUCCAAACUGGCCAUCCUCCUAAAGUUCUAAAAGCAGCCAAUGUAGUUCAUACUCUGCAAGAACAACUUUUCAAGCAGAAGGCAGACUUCCUACUCUACAAAGUCCUCAGGGUGGACACAGCUGUUUGUCUCUUGAAAUGUUCUGGCCAUGGGCAUUGUGAUCCUAUCACCAAAUCUUGCCUUUGUUAUCCAUUUUGGAUGGAGAACUUGAUUCAGAGGUAUAUCAGUGAUGGAGAGAGUAACUGUGAAUGGAGUAUGCUUUAUGUCACUGUAUUAACUUUUACUUUGGUGGCCUUCAUAAUGGGAAUCACUUGGGUCUGCAUCUGUUGCUGCAAAAGUCGGAAACGGACAAAAAUUAGAAAGAAAACAAAAUAUACAAUUCUGGAUAAUAUUGAUGAACAAGAGAGAAUGGAGUUAAGACCAAAAUAUGGUAUAAAACAUAGAAGCACGGAGCAUAACUCCAGCCUGAUGGUGUCUGAAUCUGAGUUUGAGAGUGACCAAGACACUAUUUUCAGCCGUGAGAAGAUGGAUAGAGAGAAUCCAAAAAAUAUUGCCAGUGGGGAUCUUAAAAAUGGUGCACCAUUUAAUUUCAGCUCAAAAUGCAGAUAG